AUGCGGAACGUUGGUCACCCUGCCCUAGAGUCCUGGGAUAUCGGCACACCCUGUAACAUUUACACGAAUGAGUCAAAAGAGCGCGACGGACCUGUCAGGGCAUGUGGUCUCCCGAAUGGGUGGAGUAGGUGUCGCCGUUUCGAAACCAGUUGCAAUAGGGGUCGAAUCAACUAGCGCGGCGCCGACAGAGAGUCAUGCACUUGCGGUGACAGAUCAUGAGGAGAAGGGAGCUGCUGAGACUACGCAUGGGGGGACCUGA